CCAUUAAUUUGCCACUUUCUGCACCACGUCCGUCACGCCAAUACUACCAAACUGGCCGCGGUAGCAGAUCCACGCUGCCAACGCUCUGCUCGCCAUCGCCGCCGCACCUCUGAUCGCCGCCGCCGCUUCUUUCCCGCGGAAUAAUCAACGAACCUCCCUCCCUCCCUUAAACGGGCCGGCCCGACCCGCACGCCACGCGGGACUCCGCCUACCUCCCUCCGUCCGUCCGCUCCCCCCUUCUUCCUUCCUCCCCAGGAUGCGCGGCACCUCCCCCCGCCUCCUCCGGCCGGAACCCUAGGCAGGCGCAGGCGCGCGCGCGCAGCAGGCGGCUCCCCGCGCGCGCCGAUGGGGCGGCCGGGGUACCUCACGCUGCCCAUCUUCUCCGUGCUCGCGGCGAUCGGCUACGUCUACUACACCACCGUCUUCCUCGCCGUCGCCGGCUGGCUCGGCCUCGCCACGGCAGCAGGGGUCGCCAACGCCGCCGCCUUCACGGCCCUCGCUGCCGCCUGCCUCGCCACCUACGCCGCCGCCGCCUCCCGGGACCCCGGCAGGGUGCCGCCCGCCUACCUCCCCGACGUCGAGGACGCCGAGAUCCCCGUCCACGAGGUCAAGCGCAAGGGUGGUGAUUUGAGAUAUUGCCAAAAAUGUGGCCAUUAUAAGCCUCCGCGUGCACACCAUUGCCGUGUGUGCAAGAGAUGUGUUCUAAAAAUGGACCAUCAUUGUAUUUGGAUUAAUAACUGUGUUGGCCAUGAGAACUACAAGAUAUUCUUGGUCUUUGUAUUGUAUGCUGUAAUUGCAUGCUUCUAUUCUAUGAUUCUGAUUGCGGGGAGUCUCCUGUACAGUGCUCCGAAAGCUGAACAGUUAGGCAGUGAUUCUUCUAAAACAUCGAUUAUCAUUUGUGGGGUCAUUCUUUGCCCAUUAAGUUUGGCUCUGACAGUGCUCUUGGGCUGGCAUAUCUACCUUAUAUUACAGAACAAAACUACAAUAGAGUACCAUGAAGGAGUUAGAGCAAUGUGGUUGGCAGAAAAGGGUGGAGACCUUUAUCAUCAUCCAUAUGACCUUGGUGUCUAUGAGAAUCUCAUUUCAGUGCUGGGACGUAGCAUAUUCUGCUGGCUUUGCCCAGUAUCAACUAAUACAGGCAAUGGUCUUCGGUUCCGUGCAUCAUAUGAUGUUCCAUUAUCUACACCACCGUGCGAUUUACAGAAGAUAGCAUUACAUUCACAUUAGCAGGUCAGCUGAUACUUAAAACCCCUAAGUGUAAUAUACGGGAGAAGGUACCUGCUGCUCCAGGAGUAUUUCCUCACUCCAGGGAUCUAUUGUGGUGUUUGGACAUGGAUAUAUUGACCUAGUCGUUCUUUUGUUCUUCGUACUAUGAGAAAGAUCGCCGUUGCCUACUUGCCUUGACCCUAAUCUGGAUUGGGUUGUGCUUGUAUGCAAAGAGUUCAAAACAAAGCAAUUCUGUUGUAAAGUACUGUACAUACUGUGUUCAAAAGCCAUAUACCGCAUGAAAAGGACAGAAAUUUUCUGA